AUGUCGCAGACGACGCCGACAUCACAAUCACAAUCACAAUCACAGGCUUUGGAUGAUGAGAAAAUUGCAGUCGAGGAGGAUGGAAAUGGUGGCGAUUUGAGUGGAAAUGGAAGUGCGUUUGGGAUUGGAAAGGGAAAUGGUGAUGAGAGUGAAGUUUCUGAUGGAUCGUUUGCGAAUCCGACGGGGAUAAAUGAGAAGGCUUUGGUGAGAAAGUUAGACUGGAAGUUGUUGCCUCCAUUGACGUUACUUUAUUUGUUGAGUUUUUUGGAUAGGAGUAAUAUCGGGAAUGCGAAACUAGAUGGAUUGACUACCAGUUUACACAUCACCGGAAAUCAGUAUCUAUUGACAUUGACAAUCUAUUUCAUCGGAUACGUCCUCUUCGAAGUUCCCUGCAACAUCAUACUCAAGCGCACAACACCCAAAAUAUGGCUUCCAACACUUAUGCUUCUCUGGGGAAUCGUCGCUACGUUGAUGGGAAUCUCUUCAACCUAUGCGGGAUUCCUAGCUGCGAGAUUCUUUUUGGGUGUUACAGAAAGUGGAUUGUUUCCUGGGGUGGUGUUUUACUUGUCAAUGUGGUAUAAGAGGACGGAAACACAUUAUCGUGUUGCCUUGUUCUUUUCUGCGGCUUCAUUAGCGGGUGCUUUUGGAGGUAUCUUGGCUUAUGGGAUUGGGUUUAUGAAUGAUGUGGGAGGAUUGGAAGGGUGGAGGUGGAUUUUUAUUAUUGAAGGACUUCUUACCGUCGUUGUUUCUCUCUUUGCCUACCUCUUCAUCCACAAUUACCCCUCCACUGCCCCCUUCCUCACCGAACCCGAACGCUCUUUCGUCCACGCCCGUCUCAAAUCCUCCACUGACGCAACCAACACCGAACCUUUCGACUGGGCCAACGUCCGCGCCGCCUUUGUUGAUUACAAAUGCUGGCUCUACAGUCUCGGCUUCCACACCAUGUCCCUACCCCUCUACACCCUCUCUCUCUUCUUCCCCACCAUCAUCUCCGCCCUCGGUUACAAAUCCGCUACAGCCCAAUUACUCACCGUACCCCCUUACGCCUUCGCCACCAUCCUCACCAUCAUCAUCGCCAUCCUCUCUGAAAAAACCCACAAACGCGCCCCCUUCAUUCUUCUCUCCACCUCCUUCGCCAUCAUCGGCUACAUCAUCCUACUCACAACCCCGCACUCCCACCCCGGUAUCUCCUACCUCGGCACCUUCUUCGCAGCCGGCGGCAUCUAUCCCAGUACCGCCAUCGUGCUCUCCUGGCCCGCAGCAAACGUCAGCGGCCAAACCAAGCGCGCAACGGCUACAGCAAUGACGAUCACGAUAGGUAAUCUAGGAGCAGUGCUCGGAACGCAGCUGUAUCGCCCAUCAACGAGUCCAAGGUGGUUUUUGGGCCAUGGCUUUGCGUUGGGUUAUCUAGUGGCGAAUCUGGGGGUGGUGGCGACGCUGUGGUAUUGUUUGGAGAGGGAAAAUAGGGUUAAGAAGAGGAGGGAGGAGAGUGGGGAGGUGGGGGAGGAGGUCUUGAGGAAUGAUGGGGAUGUCGGGUGGGUUUUUCAGACUUGA